AUUCGAACGUGACAGAUCCUCCACUAUAAAAACCACUCGAACCCUACUCCAAACCCUAGCACGUCGCCGCCUCCUCUCGGAAGAACCCUCCUCAGCCCCAUCCUCUCCUUCUCCUCCUCCAACAAUGGCCGACGUGGACGCCGAUGUCGCGGCGGGGCAGCCGAAGAAGAGGACGUUCAGGAAGUUCAGCUUCAGAGGGGUCGACCUUGACGCGCUCCUCGACAUGUCCACCGACGAGCUCGUCAAGCUCUUCCACGCGAGGGCUCGGAGGAGGUUUCAGCGCGGAUUGAAGCGGAAGCCGAUGGCUUUGAUCAAGAAGUUGCGCAAGGCGAAAAAGGAGGGCCCUCCUGGUGAGAAGCCUGAGCCCGUGAGGACCCACCUCCGCAACAUGAUCAUAGUGCCCGAGAUGAUCGGGAGCAUCAUCGGGGUGUACAACGGGAAGACGUUCAAUCAGGUUGAGAUCAAGCCCGAGAUGAUCGGCCACUACCUUGCAGAGUUCUCCAUCUCCUACAAGCCGGUCAAGCACGGCAGGCCCGGUAUCGGUGCCACCCACUCCUCCAGGUUCAUUCCUCUGAAAUGAGGAGGAUGUCGUUUUGCUCUCAAUUCGCCUUUGAGACUUUUGUUAAGCAGUUCUAUUCGUCGGAGUUGUUCUUUAAUUUUAUGGGGAACUUAUGUGUUACCUACUUAGAUCAACUGAGAUAAGUACUUAAAAGUUAAAAUUUUUCGCUAGUGUUUCCAUUAAUAUGAAAUUGUUGCACUUGUUGUUUAACUCCA